AAUUUCUGUUUCAACUUGCUCUGAUUAGAUGCAAUACAAAUGAUAAAAUGCUAUUAAAUUAAUAUGCUUUACUGACAUUCCUCUGAAAGGUCUUUCAAAAGCGUAUGGACGGAAGUGUAGAUUUUGACAGAAACUGGACUGAGUAUUCCGACGGAUUUGGAACUCUGGAUACAGAAUUCUACCUAGGUAAUCAAGCUCUACAUGAGAUAAGCGGAGACAGAAAUUUUGAGCUCAGAAUUGAAUUGACUGACCAAUUAGGAGAAUAUCGGUAUGCCAAGUACUCCCAGUUCUCGGUAGACAGCCCUGAAACUUUAUAUAAAUUAACCAUCACAGGAUAUACUGGAAAUGCAUCCGACAGUUUAGGUCCUCAUAGUGGAUUCAAGUUUUCUACAUAUGACAUGGAUAAUGAUGCAUAUGAAGGUUUUAACUGUGCUUCGUUUGGUCAAAGUGGAUGGUGGUAUGUGUCAUGUGGGCUCAGCAAUCUGAACGGGCUGUAUGGAAUUGUUGGAUAUCAGGGAUUAACGUGGUACUACUGGAAUAAUACAUUUUCUCAUGUCAUGAGUUCAACCCGAAUGAUGAUGAGGUUAAAGGAACAUUGAACAUUUCUUGUUAAAUCAAGUUUAUUCUAGAUUAUUUCUAUAAUUUACUAAAACUUCUUAAACUCUCCAC